UUGCCGCGCGCCGUAUUUGGAACACAAGCUCAUGCUGGCUGCUGCGCGCUCCCGCAUGUUGCAGGUUUUUUUUUUUUUUUGGCUUCUCACGCGCACUCGGGCACAGAUGAGAGCGCCAAAGCAGGGUGAAUUAAUAAUGUUCCGUAGGAUCCACUGACUCACCCACAGCUGACUCCAGCUCCCUUCAAUACCAUAACAAGUACACUCACUCGUCCCUUUGUCCCCUCGCUCCCUCGUCCCCUUGCUCUGUGGCCAUGGAGGCACGAGGAAAAUUUGACUUCAGCGCCACGGCGGAGGACGAGCUCAGCUUUCGCAAAGGAGACAUCUUGAAGAUCCUCGGCGCUCAGGAUGACUGGUUUAAAGCAGAAAUGCACGGACACGAAGGAUUCGUCCCUAAAAACUACGUGGACAGACAGACACCCAGCUGGUUUCAGGAGAACGCCAGCCGCAGCGCUGCAGAAGAAAUUCUCAUGUCCCGGGAGGUCGGAGGGUUCCUGAUCCGCGGCAGUCAGAGCUCACCUGGAGAUUUCUCCAUCUCCGUCAGACAUGAGUUUGACGUGCAGCAUUUUAAGGUGAUGAAGGACAAUAAAGGUAAUUAUUACCUGUGGAGCGAGAAGUUCAUGUCCCUCAACAAGCUGGUGGAGUUUUACAAAACAACCUCCAUCUCCAAACAAAGAGAGAUCUUUCUGAGAGACGGGAGCCGAGAGGACCCUGCGCCGGCACCUCAUCCUGUAAAGAGAGGCAGUGACCGACCCCAACCCUCAACACACCGCAGACCACCAGAGCAAGCUCACACUCAGCAGAAACAAGGAAGUUUGGAGGAGAGAACUCACAACAUGGGUCCUACAGGGAAGAACAGUCCAGUUAAUCCCCUUCCAACAUCCAGACGCCCUUCUGACAACAUGCCUGCACCGAGGCUGUCUGUACAAGUGAAGGCUCUGUAUGACUUCAUAGCAGAGGAAGACGAUGAGUUGGGCUUCAGCGCCGGCGACGUCAUUGAGGUUCUGGAUCGUUCUGAAGCGUCGUGGUGGAAAGGACGCCUGCGCGGGAACGUCGGACUUUUCCCGUCUAACUACACGGUUCAGAUAUAAACCACCCUGAGAACCGGUUCUUCUGCGUCGCUUUUACACUUUAAGUCAGAUCUUUUCCUUUCAUCACUGAUUACGAGGACAGGACAAUGACGUUAAUUGGAUUAAUUACGGUUAUGAUUUAGUGCGAAUUCUUUGAUGUGGUACGAUUCCGUCUCUGACACACGAGCUGAGACACGGCCGGAUACGUGCUUUUAUUCUCCUGGUUUUCUACUUGUUCACCACAGUUGCUCCAUCCUGCUCCUGGACAUGUCAGUGUUUUCUCUCCUCUGACUCACUCGACUUAACUGAGCAGCUGAUUACCGAGUCUGACCUGCGUUACACUGAGUGUGUUAAAAAGCAGAAAACACUGGAGUGGAGGAAUUCCAGGACCAGGAUCGAGAAACACUGUAUAGAAGAACUACAUACAUAUAUACAAGAAGCUACACACAUCUUACUGUAUAUGUCCACAUUUUAUAUUUAAUAUUCAAUCUAUUAUAACUGAUAUCAGAGCUGUGAUUGAUCCUUUUCAACUAGUAGUCCAUAAAAAAUAGAAAUUUCCCCCUGAAGUUUGAAAAACAGACUCUUUUUAAUGUUCUCUCUCUCUCUCUCUCUCUCUCUCUCUCUCUCUCUCUCUCUCUAGUUGCUGUAAUCUAUAUAGCACACCCUAAAGGUUAUUGUCAUUGAUGAAUUUUAUAAAAUAAACCUCAACAUGGUCUUUCCUGUAAUCUAUUAAAGAGACCAUUUGUUGUUGUUAUUAUUAUUAUUAUUAUUAUUAUUAUUAUUAUUGCUACAGACUUUAAUGUAGACGAUCUUUAAAAUAUUAACUUUUUUUAGGUCAGUAACUUUUUUUUUGCUGUAGUCUGUGAAAUAAAACC